AAGAUUUAUCAAGAUUUAAUUACAGUAAAAGUAAAAAAAGUUGAAAGGUUUUGGAGACCAGUGACAUUUUAUUUUUUUGGUGAUGGUGGGGCUGGAAAAUCUAAUCUUGUGCAAAAGUUAUUUCGUUCAGAAUUUUAUUUGAAGAAAAAGAUGCAAAAGGGUGGAAAUGAUAUUGUAACUUAUUUGAAUGAUACUCCUGCAGAAGUUGAG